UUGCGUGCCCGUUCCUCGAUCCCUGUUGAGUGCUGGAGAGCGAUGGCGGCGUGCCGGGGAUCCUCAUCGAGAUGGUUCUUUACCCGGGAGCAGCUCGAAACCACGCCGUCCCGUCGCAGUGGAGUCGAGCCGGACAAAGAGCUUUCGUACCGGCAACAAGCCGCUAACCUAAUCCAAGAUAUGGGCCAGAGACUCAACGUAUCUCAAUUAACAAUAAACACUGCGAUUGUUUACAUGCACAGGUUUUAUAUGUACCAUUCGUUCACCAAGUUUCACAGAAAUAUUAUUUCUCCAACUACAUUAUUCUUGGCUGCAAAGGUAGAGGAGCAGCCGCGGAAACUUGAACAUGUCAUCAAAGUAGCGCAUGCCUGCCUAAAUCCUCAAGAGCCACAGCUAGAUACAAAGAGUAAUGCAUACCUCCAGCAGGCUCAAGAGCUGGUGAUACUUGAAACCAUAGUGCUUCAGACAUUAGGUUUUGAAAUAACAAUUGAGCAUCCACAUACAGAUGUUGUGAAAUGUUCCCAGCUAGUGAGAGCGAGCAAGGAUUUGGCACAGACUUCCUAUUUCAUGGCUACCAACAGUCUGCACCUCACUACAUUCUGUCUUCAGUACAAGCCCACAGUGAUAGCAUGUGUGUGCAUUCAUUUGGCUUGCAAAUGGUCCAAUUGGGAGAUUCCUGUAUCUACAGAUGCAAAGCAUUGGUGGGAAUAUGUAGAUCCAUCUGUUACUCUGGAACUACUUGAUGAGUUAACACAUGAGUUUCUACAGAUACUGGAGAAAACACCCAGCAGAUUGAAAAGAAUUCGAAACUGGAGGGCCAAUCAAGCUGCUAAGAAGCCCAAGGGUGACGGCCAACUUGCUGAUAACUCAUUUCCUGGUCCUUCCAUGAUCCAAAAUCCAUCUUUGGUCGACAGCAUCACUGUUGUGUCAGCAAAUGCAAAUUUCCCAAAAGCAUGCAGCUCUGCAUCGUUCCCUGUAACCUUGCCUUCAAACUCGGCAGGAGCUACAAUGCAAGGCGGCCACUCCCUUGACUCCAUUGCUGCAGUGACAACAAGCUUGCAGAAUACCUCGUAUAACUUCACAGCGCCAAACGACUGGCCCCAGCACCAGGAUCAGAGCAGAUCGGAUGUGUAUUCUCUCAAGCAGGAGACAUUGAACCCUCAGCAAGGAGCCUCUGGGCAGCUUCAUACUGCUACCCUCCAUCACAGACCAGAAAAGAAUACUGAAUAUUCUUCCAGUAAACACGAACAUAAGUCAAGCAGCAGCAGCAGCAAACAUGCACUGCUUGCUCCUCCACCGGUUCCUCCCCCACAGAAAAUGACAUUGGACAAAUACAGAGAGAAACAUGCUGCAGAAAAGCGUAAGUUGGAGGGUCUUGGAGAUACAGAUAUCCAAAGUCAAUAUGCUCCUGCUACCCAGCUGAUGGUAGAGAAUCAGCCACACCAUAGAAAGCAUGCUCAACAGUUACAAGUACCUGGUGGUAGUGCUGUGGCGUCACCUAUCAAAAUGAAAAUUCCCUUUUCAAAUUCUGAAAAGAGAGACAAAAGUGGCUCCCUGAAAUUGCGGAUUCCUAUCCCUCCCACAGAAAAGCCUUUGAACAAGGAGGAGCUAAAAAUGAAAAUCAAAGUCUCAUCUUCAGAGAGGCACAGCUCCUCCGACGAGGGUAGCGGAAAGAGCAAACAUUCCAGCCCGCACAUCAAAGAGCAUAAGGAAAAACACCGGGACCAUUCCUCUCAUCGCCACCAGGGUGGUAGCCAUAAACAUUCCCAUUUGCACUCCCAUAUGCACAGUGGGAACAGUAGCGGCAGCAAACUGCAUGCCGACGGGACUGUAACAGCGGCUUUGAGGAGCCCAGUAGUUCUUAGCAGUGAGGGUGGUCCCUCCAGUUCCAGCUCUUCACGGAAGAGGACGCACCCUGACAUCAGUCACAACCACCACUCCAAAAUGAGCAAAAGUUCCAAAAGUUCAGGUAGUUCCUCUAAUUCUUCCUCUGUAAAGCAGUAUGUAUCCUCUCACAACUCUGUUCUUAACCUACCCUUCCCCCCUCCUCCCCCUGUCACAUACCAGGUGGGCUACGGACAUCUCAGCACCCUAGUGAAACUGGACAAGAAACCAGUGGAGAUCAACGGCCCUGAUGCUAACCACGAAUUCAGUGCAAACAGCCAGCAUAUGGACUACAAAGACACAUUUGACAUGCUUGAUUCGCUGUUAAGUGCCCAAGGAAUGAACAUGUAAUAGGAGGAAAAAAAAAACCUUAGGUCUUGUGUUUUGAAAAAAAAAAAAAAAAAAAUCUUUUAAUAUAAAAACAAAGAAAUGCUUCCUAAUCUUUAGGCUGCAUAACAUGAUGCUGCCACUUGUUCAAUGUACUGCUGCUUUGUCCUCCACUGUGGAAAAAGAAAAAUAGCGUAAACAUAAGUAUCUCCAGUUCUCCACAUAAGAAUAGUAUUAUAAAUACUGUACUAGCAUGAAAGGUGCAUUUUUUAUUUUAUAUUUUAUUUAACAAUAUUUCCACAACUGUAAACUUCACAAAGGCAAAUAAGUGGCUGCUUCCAAAAGACACAGAUUCCCUGAACAGUGAAGGCAUGAUUUAACACUGCAGCCAAGAAAGUGGGGUUUUAGUUGCUUAGCUUUUGAAUGAGUGUCAUUGUUUUCUUUUUUAAAUCUUUAUACUGUAUGUAUGAUUUGCAUGUUUCAAUGAUAAAGGGAUAAAACAGAUUAUACUGACAACUGUUUACAGAAAGUGGAGAUAAAUGUACAUACAUUUUUGUAUGUUUAGCUAUACCAUAAAUACUCAGGUUUGGAGCUGCUUGUAAGUAUAACAAAUAUAUGUAAAACACUUGUAUCUUGUGUAAGAGUCCAACAGUGGUUCAGAUGGCAGCAUUCCAGCUACUUAGACCCUGUAAGCUGCAUGGCUGCCAAGAGGGGCAUUUCCUGUCAUACUGGGAAUCCAGCACCAGUUAUUGGUAAAUUUUCAAGAUUAUUCAGAGGUCACAUGAAAAAAAAAAAAGUUGUCUUUUUACUCUCUUGACCUGUUUGAUUGAAGCUGGAUGCCAAAGGUUGUGCCUCUAAUUAAAAAAAAAAAAAAAAAAAAAAAAAAGGACAAUUAUAGAAUAUAAAUAAAACGUUUACAUAAUCCUUGCUGUGAAGUGCAUUUAAAAUGUUUCUUGGCUUGAUGCAGUAGCCUAGAUGCAGAGCUGUUACUUGAUUAUGGUAAUUUAGAAUUAUUAAUGUGUUUUGUUAAAAACAAUUAAUUUGGGCAAAAUUUAAAGUCAACAGUAAAGUUGAGUUUUGUGUUGUAUUUUUCAGGUUAGUUCCAUAAUACGUUGUUGUUCAUUUCCAACGGCAAUAAUUGUUUUCAAUUGAGUAGUCCUGAUUUCAGAAUUAAGCCAUGAAUGUACGUUUCCAGUAUCAACACCGUGAUUUUACUCUUAAACGCAGGCUUACAGUGGUUAAGAAACCAGCGCAAGUCUUGACAUCCAGUUUUUCAUUUAAAUUCUAUAAAUAAAUCUUAAGGUUACCACUACCUUAACUUGCAGUCUUUUGUCGUAUAUUUUCCAUCUUCAUUCAAAUUUUCAUGUGGUGGGAGGAAGAAAUGUUCUUCACGUGCUUUUAAAGGUAUGGCAAGAAAAAAAUCAAUAUGAAUUUAAAAGUUGAAAAAUAAUUAUGUAUUCUUAGCCAUGUAUACCAGAGUUUUGAUUUUGAUUUUGCUGGAAAUAAACCAAGGUUUCAGUGCGGAACUGAUUUAAAUA